GUUUAAAAGACGGGCGCACGUUUACCGGCCCAGCAGAGAGCACCAACAACCAUAUCUAGAACCUCGGUCUUACGACGCCAACACCAACCCGACAAACACCAUGAGGGAAAUCGUCCAUCUACAAGCCGGCCAGUGCGGAAACCAGAUUGGUGCUAAGUUCUGGGAAGUAAUUUCCGACGAGCAUGGCAUUGACCCAACUGGCAACUACCACGGCAACUCGGACCUCCAGCUGGAGAGAAUCAACGUCUACUACAACGAGGCUACAGGUGGGAAGUAUGUUCCCCGCGCCGUCCUGAUCGACUUGGAGCCUGGAACCAUGGACUCGGUCAGAUCCGGUCCCUUCGGACAACUCUUCAGACCGGACAAUUUCAUCUUCGGACAGAGCGGCGCCGGAAACAACUGGGCCAAAGGUCACUACACGGAAGGUGCCGAGUUGGUCGAGUCGGUUUUGGACGUGGUCCGAAAAGAGUCUGAGAACUGUGACUGUCUCCAGGGGUUCCAGCUGACUCACUCGCUAGGUGGCGGCACUGGUUCCGGUAUGGGCACCCUGCUCAUCAGCAAGAUCCGCGAAGAGUAUCCCGACAGAAUCAUGAACACAUUCUCAGUCGUCCCGUCUCCUAAGGUAUCGGACACAGUGGUGGAACCUUACAACGCCACCCUCUCAAUCCAUCAGCUGGUUGAGAACACAGACGAAACGUUCUGUAUCGACAACGAGGCUCUGUACGACAUCUGCUUCCGUACCCUGAAACUGACCACCCCAACCUACGGUGACUUGAACCAUCUGGUGUCUGCUACCAUGUCCGGUGUCACAACUUGUCUCAGAUUCCCUGGUCAAUUGAACGCUGAUCUUCGCAAACUGGCAGUCAACAUGGUUCCAUUCCCACGUCUCCACUUCUUCAUGCCAGGCUUUGCUCCACUCACCUCCCGUGGAAGCCAGCAGUACCGCGCCCUUACAGUCCCUGAGCUCACCCAGCAGAUGUUUGACGCCAAGAACAUGAUGGCUGCCUGCGAUCCACGUCACGGUCGCUACCUCACUGUUGCCGCCAUAUUCCGUGGCCGCAUGUCCAUGAAGGAGGUUGACGAGCAGAUGUUGAAUGUCCAGAACAAGAACAGCAGCUACUUCGUCGAAUGGAUCCCCAACAACGUGAAGACAGCCGUCUGCGACAUCCCACCACGUGGGUUGAAAAUGUCGUCUACUUUCGUUGGCAACAGCACCGCCAUCCAGGAGCUGUUCAAACGUAUCUCCGAGCAGUUCACCGCCAUGUUCAGGAGAAAGGCUUUCCUCCACUGGUACACUGGUGAGGGUAUGGAUGAGAUGGAGUUCACGGAGGCAGAAUCCAACAUGAACGACCUGAUCUCUGAGUACCAGCAGUACCAGGAUGCCACAGCGGACGACGAUGGGCAGUUUGACGAAGACGAAGAGCACGAACAUGAGGCAGACUAAUUGGCAAACAAAAUGGAAAACCCAACCUUGACUUUCUGACAGUUUUUGUCCACAAAAAAUAUUAUUAUUUUUCCCAAAGCAUUUUAAAUAAAGCAGUAUUAAUUUCGGUCCUUCAAAAAAAAAACAAUGAUGAGAGACUAAUUGCAAAAAUAAAUCCUCAAGCAUGA